AUGCUUACUCUAAGUUUUGCUCUUGUCGAAGCCAGACGUCAAUAUGAUGAAAUGAGGUCUUCCCGUUCCGCUCUUGAGGCGGAAGUCGAAACGGCGAAGCGUGAGUCUCGCAGUGCUGCUGCUGAGCUUGCCAGUCAGCUUGAAGCCUGGGAGCGUGACCGGGUUGCUUUAGAAACCAAUUUGAAGGAUAUAAAUGAGCAGAACAGCCAACUUCAGGAGCAGAUGAUAAAGAUAAGCGGCCAGCUAAUAUCCCUUCGCAAAGUCACUGAUUUGCCCUCUUCAACAUCAACCGAUAAAAGUGAUUCUAUUGACGACAUUCGCACUUCUGAAGACUUACUACAGGUCAUAAGGUAA